CUUCGCAAAUACCUUAAUACGGCAGCGCAGCCUCUUCUUUCCAAUUUAUUCUGCAGAAUUCUGUGACGAAACCUUCGGCUUUGCACCUCUGAAAAGUUGUUCCGGAGUUGGCGAAUCAAUGAUUUUGUACCUGUAUGGCUGAUCUGGUACUGGUACUACUCUUGAUAUUUCCCAUCCCAAUGAAGUGUUAUAAGAUGAUGAAAGGAGGGAAUUAUCAAUGGAAUGGCAGAGAAUUUUAAAAGGAGGUUCAGCUUCAGACACCUAAGUUUCAGGAAGGCAAAAAAGCAACCUGAUCGACCCAAAUCAAUUCAUGUCACAGAACCCCAAGCAGAGUUGAGAAGAACAACUUCAUCUAGGCAACCGAAGACAUCAGGGGAUACUGCACGUGCAUCGAAUUUGAAGAGAUUAGCUCCCAAGAAGCCUUCCUCCCCAGCUAAAAAGCAAUCUGAUCCUCCAAAAUCAAUUCAUGUCACAGAUUCUCAAUCAGAUAUAAGAUCGAUAUCUGCGCGCCAAUCACCAAAUACACCGGGAGGAGGUUUAUCUACAUCCAAUGUGAAGAGGGUUGCCCCAAGCAGACCCUCAAAAACAGCCCAAAAGCAACGUGAUGUGCCUUACUCUAAAGAGGCCACUGGAUCCUCUAUAGAAUUAAAGAGAUGCAAUUCAUCAGGUCAUAGUUUAUCUAGUGUAAAGAGACUUGCUCCAGGGAGACCAUCUAACCCAGCUAAAAAGCAAUGCGAUCAAUCCAAGUCAAAUCAUGUCACAGAAUCGCAAACAGAGUUACAAGGAACAACACCUGCAGAAGAAGCUAAUACUUCAGGAGAAUGUUCAGGUGGAUCAACUAUUAAGAAGAGAAUAGCUCCCAGAAGACCAUCUGUUCCAGUGGAGAAGCACCCUUAUCAGCAUAGACCAUCGUUUGACGCCACUGAUUCUAAAGGUGCCUUGAAGAGAUCUAAGUCUGUAACCCCAGGAUGUAUAUUAAGAAAGGGUUCAGGCACAGCUAAUGGGAGGAAAGACCUUGCCAAAAGAGCGUCAGUACCAGAUUGGAAUGAUAUAUGGAACAAGCCCACCAUUGGGCAAGCUUUGCAAUCCUUUACGGCCAUUCUUCGCUGCGACUUGACCUUUGAAGCCGGCGAUCAGAUUGAAGUUCUGACCCAAACAAGCAAGCAGUUUGAUUGGUGGGAGGGGUCGGCGCGAGGUCACACGGGGAUCUUCCCUGCCAAUUACGUUCAACUCCUUCAAUGAAAGCAGGGCCCUGUCUUACAAAGAGUUGCGAUUGAUCAGGGGGGCGUUUCAUCAAUAUUUUCGUCCGACAAGUUGUCAGAUCUGACAACUUUCCUGGAUUCUGAUUGGUUGAGAAGCACUGUUACUAUAGUGACUGGCAGAUAAAACAGGACUUGUCGGAUAAAACGUCUGACAAGUCCUUUCAUGAAACGCUCCCCAGGACCCUGUCUCACAAAGAGUUGCGAUUGAUUCGAUCAACCCCAACUAUAUGGAAAUCCAUCAUUGUCAUAAUUUUUCAUCCCAGAAAUUUGCGCAAUGUCCUUUGUAAACAAACGAGAACACACCAAAUUUUCAAGAAAUGAAAAUAUAGAUAUACAUUCAUAUCUAGAUUUUUUUUAAACAAACAUGUAUUUUAUAUAUUUACUUUGCUGGCUUUCCAUAGUUGCGAUUGAUUCAAUCGACCACAACUAUAUGGAAAUCCAUCAUCGUCAUAGUUUUUCAUACCAGAAAUUUGCGCAAUAUCCUUUGUAAACAAAUCGGAAGCACACUCAAGUCUCAAGACAACAAUGAAUGCAUGAGUAUACAUCGUAUCUCGAAAACAUUUUGAACAAACAUGUAUUUUAGAUGAUGGCAUUGCCUGGCUUUCCAUAGUUGUGGUUGAUUGGAUCAAUUGCAACGCUUUGUAAGACCGGGCCCUGGAGAGUGUUAAAAGAAAUUGGUGAGACCUAUGCAUCUAAGAUACUUGUACUUGAAGAUUGAUCGGAGUCAUUGUUUGCUGCAGUUACGAGUGAGAAUCCAACUCAGCGUCUUUCUCUUUGCAAUCCUUUUAUGGAAUUGACAAAACUAUGUGGAUCAGAAAAGCUGCCUGCAGCCUUGACAGCUGGCAGCCGUCUGCUUCGAGGAGUUUUUUAACAUAAAAAAAAAAAAAGGCAAAAUCCCCCCGACGGGACUCAUAGAUUUUUGUCUUUAUUUCAUGAAAAUAUAUGAAAAGAACUUGACCAAAAUAAGGAUUAUUAUUCUGUUUUGGCCUGAAAUGCACCAAAACGGGGAAAAAUAAACUUAUAAGGACAAAAAACAGUGUCUUUCUUUGGCUGUCGCGCAACUUCACUUCCCUGGUUUAUCCGAACUUAAUACAUAAGCAUAUGGCCAUUGAGUCCUUGUACAGAUCGAGAUAGAACUUCGGUCUCUGUAAUUGGUGAGUGGAGCCAACGUAGUUCAGCGGAACAACCAAUAAAACAGAGUCCAAAGCUUUUGUCUACCUGCAGCCUUGAUAAUCCACUUUCACUAUUUGAAAGUAUGAAGUCCUACUCAGCGUCAUUUCUCUUCUGAUUCGCUGAUUCUUGCAUUGGUAAAAUAUUUCAGGAUUGGGUAAGCCAUUAUGAAAUCCUGUGUCUGUGCACGUGUAGGCUAUGGGUGCAUACUUAGCUGCAGCUAGUAGUGGGAAUAACUCGGCACCUUUUUCUUUUACAAUCGUCUUAUUCAUGUACUGUCACACUACGGUGGAUUGGGAAAAGCUUCUGUGAAACUUUCAUGUUUUGAAAUUGUGUAUACAACUCAUAUUUAUGUUAUGUGUCAUAGCCUUUCAGGAAGGUUUUUUUUCACUGAUAGAUGUUUUAAACUACUGAAAUCCUUUAAUCUUAUUGGCUGAGAGCAAAUCUGUAGGUGAAAAUAAAAAAACAAGACUCAUUGGCCCGUAUUCUGAAGUCAGGUUUAACUUAGACCAUGGUCUAACUCUGUGCUAAAAUUAUGGGAAGCCAAAAGUGUCAAAAUUUUUAUUUAGUUGUAUGUUUCAUAUGUCUACUGUGCUCUUUCCUGAUUCAUCGAUGGUGAAGACAAUCAUCUAUUUAUACUUCCUACACAAUUAUGAUUUGAGAGCCAAAUGAGGUGAAACAUUGGAUCUCUACUGAUAGCGAUUUAUGUAACAAUUGGCUAUCCAUACUUAAACCACAACCCACUUCAGAAUACAGGCCAUUAUGUAACGGGGGAUGAUUAAUUUUCAAAUUCAUAGUGGGGAUAUUCAUCACACCUAUGUGUAAAUUUAUUUGUGACUGACUGUAUAAAUUACAUUACAAUGAAGACCCAAAUGCGAACCUCAAUCAUUUGAAACUUUAAUUGUGCUAUAAGCCAACAUUGAAAUAUGCAUUAUUACAAUUCUCGCUACCCCAAAUAGCGAUUUCGCCGAGAUCCGGGAAAAUCCCUGUAACGCGCAUUGCAUUAUGGGAUAGCUUUUCGAUAUUACAACUUCCUGUUCGGAUGUCCAAUGCACUGUUUUGCCUUUCAGAUCAACAGUGCCGUCAUGCACAACACAACGUCGCUUUCGCUCGGAAAAAUCGUGAUCACAACCCUCUCUUUCACGAUACAGUUUAACGGUCUUUUCUGCUAAAGUCACUAAUUCUGCCCAUCGCUUUCCAUCGCAUGGUAUUCCUCUGUCAGUUAAGAUUUUUUAAAGUUCCGAAACUGAUUUUUAUAUCCAUUUUGUGGUCGACGAAAAAUUGAACGGAGUGAAUGCUGUAUAUACUUAGCGUCUAGUCUAGUCCGAUCGUGAUGUCAGGCCGGUCGCUAAAUGCAAAAUUUUAAGAUAUUCAUUUUUUGUUUACUUUUUUUAUAACCAAAUAAAAACAUGAAUAAAAAUUAUUUUCACGUGAAAUAUAUUUUUUAAUUUUAUUUAUAAUUCAAAUGGAAUCAAAACUGACCAAAUUUAAUAAAAAGUAUUAUAAUCUGUACAUAUAACGCUGAUUGGCAUCGAUUUCAGCGUGGUGGAAAACUCAGUAUCGCGAACCUCGCGCGAGCAUGACUCUGAACCGGAAGUGGUGAUGACGACCCGACGGAGUGAAAAUUAUCUCGUCUCGCGCAUUAUGAGAUUUUUGUUCCUAUUUGGGGUAGCGAGAAUUGAAAUAUGCAAGUGCCAUUAUGUUAGAACUACGAAUACAAAACCUUUCCAAAGGCACCAUGAUAUUUUUGUUAUACAUGUAGUAUAUAGCUUACCAGAUUAACAAAAACCUAGCAUUUUAUUGCUAACUCAUAUAAAUUAUAGGUCAAUGUGAUAUAUAUGUAUUAUCUGUUGCCAUUUGGCAUGUCCCAUGUAAGCAAUAAUGCGAAUGUCAACCAGUACUCUUUCUUUACAGUAUUUGUAUAUUGUAUUUUAAAUGUUUAGUUAGGGGGAGGGGGUAGGGGACAGCGGGUCAAAAAUAGAAAAAUAGGCCUACUUCAGACAUGCCAACUGUUCCCUUUUUAGAGUAUUUGUUCCUCUUUUUUGCUAUAAAUACACCAAUACUUUUUUGUAUGAUUUGUUACUUUUUAAAAUUUCUGAUCAUGGAGUAUGUAUUAUACACAGCGCUUGACACUGGCACCGGUACGACAGUCCCAGACCGGUAAAAAUCACUGUCGAGCCAGUAACUUCUUGCAUGAAAAGAACAAGUAAAUUCUUGCCUACAAGCACAUGUUUGAAAGGAUGAGUCAUUUCACAUGUUUUUUCACCAAUGUCACUACAACAGGCUGGCGAUUGUAACGUUGAGACAAAUUUUAAAAAAUACUCUUUUUUGUCAAUUUUUUUUCCCCUUAUAAGAAUACUUUUUUUGGUUUUAGAAGGUUGGCAGGUCUGCAGUACUUCACUUUUUUUAAAAUAUGAAGUGCUACCUUUUUUGUUGCCUUGAUGUCCCACAGGGUCCCGUCUUUCUUAUUACAUUCCAUUUUUUUGCAAGGUAAAGCGCUAUUUUUCUUGUCUUCCAAGUCACAUGAAAUAUAACCAUUUUAUUAUCUUCCUUUCAGUGAGGACAGAUUGUGUAUAUAACAGUUGUUAAGAAAUGAUCACCUGUAAAUAAAUGCGAUGAGGUGUUAUAUAUACUUUUUUAUGUCGCAGUGAAAAAGACUAUAUUUAGACUUUGUAUUAUAUUGUUUAUAUGAAAUAUGCGCUGCUAAAAAAGUGCAGUUAAUGUAAAUACAUGCAAGUAGAGAAAAAGAAUUAAUUUGUCUGCUAUGCAAUAUAAUUGUACAUGUACUUAAAAUAUUAGAAGUCCAUUUCGCAGAGAAUUAGCUGUGAAUGAUAAUUAGAAUCAUACACAACUCGUUUUUGGGAUUUUAGUUAAUAUGUGAUCCCAUACAUUGUAUGCUUUAAAUACAUGUUAUCUGAACGUUGCGUAACACCCUCGUUCAUCAAAGUUUCUGUUGUGCCUCCAGUUAGAGGUGAUAUCUCCUUGAUCCAAUAGGCUACAUAAUACUAAUAUCACCAUGGAGAUAUCAUCUCCUUGGUAUCACAAAAUUAAAACAAAUAGAGGGCAGCUCAUAAAAUGUUCCUUUUAAGACAAAAAUGGCAACAAUUCUUUAACCCUAGAAAUAUUUUUCUACCGAUUGGUUUGGUUUAGUUUUAUUUACCGUAUAAAAAUCACUUUAAGAUUCAUUGUACAAAAUAUUAAGAUUAAAUAUAUAAACACUUUAAAAGAUACGGAUGGAUCACUCUAUUCAGAGCCGUUGAUAUACCAGUAAUAACUCUGCUUUUCCUAGAGGUCCAAUUAAAGUAACAUGGGAAAUAAUAUGCCAUAUAUUUAUUACUAUAUUAAUGAUAAAAAGUAUGAUAAGAUAUUAGGUGACUGUUUUGAGACUUUUUUUGCCAUUAUUGUCAUAACUCUAAAAUACAGCUUUUUGUGACCUUGUCAUUAAAAUUUUAGAUUUAAGGCGACCACACACCUUACGAUUGGUCUGCAACUCAAUUUUGGAAUAAAAUGUAGUAGAAUUUGAUGCUAAUAUUGAGACUUGAAAUAUCUUAAUGUUUAAUGAUCGAAAUCAUCGUACGAAUACCUAUGUUCAAAUCUGUGACUUUGCUAUCAUCCUUCUUAGAAUAAGAGCAAACUUAAUAUCUAGUCGUAAUGACGUCAUAGUCGUACGAUUGGCUACGAUUUGAAACUAAUUUGGCUUUUACUCCAAAAUAAAGGCUUGCAAUCUUUCAAAAUGGUUAUACUAGUAUUCUUUCAAUUAAUAUUAACCUCAAAUAAAAUGAUAUGUUCCAUUCACAUCUUCAGAAAGUGAGCAAAUUGCGAUUUGUUCUAAAAUCGGAUCGCGAACAGUCGUAAGGUGUGUGGUGGCCUUUAGACAUGCGAGGUUUCACCAUAAAUGUCUUCUCUAAGAAUGACUGAAAAACGAAUUGGGGAAAAAUCAGAUUAAUCAGGGACCCGUCUGACAAAGAGUUGCUAUUGAUUUGAUCAAUCGCAACUAUGGAAAGCCAGCAACGUCAACAUCUAAAAAGCAUGUUUGUUCAACAUAUUUAUCUAGAUAUGACUCCUAUUCAUGCAUUCACUGCUUUCUUGACAAUUCAGUAUGCUUCUCUUUGUUUUCAACAGACAUUGAGCAAAUUUCCAAAAGAAAAAAAUUAUGACAUUGAUGGAUUUCCAAACUGGAGAUUAAUCAGAUCAAUCGUUACCCUUUAAGAUAGGGCCCGAUGAACAACUAAGGUCAUUGGUUGGUAUUCUUAAUGUGGGUUUAUUGUGAGAUCUCACUCAGAAAUGUUUACAUUUUUGUAUUUUUGCAAUGAUAAUGAGAUAAUGAUCUAAAAAAAAAGCUGAUAAAGUUUGCAUUUGCAUUGUGAAGUGUAAUAUUGAACCAUUUUUGUACUUGUGUUGUUAUGAUAUUCAGGUGGAUGUCAUCUGUAGUCGGGGCCUUUUUCAUAAAACUUGUUCCAGUAACAAAUUUGCAGUUACAGUUUAAAGCUACUGAAAUCAUUGAAUUUAAUUGGCUGAUAGUAAAUAUAUUAUAUAAAUUGUGCUCAUAGUCACCAUAAACAUGUUUUUGUGAAACUUUACCCUGUGUCCAUUUCAUAUAAAAAGAAUAUAUAUAUUUUGUUCUUCAAAUAUUCCAUAAGCAAGAUAUUUCCAAGUGCUGUAAUUUUUUAAAACAAUGGUACUGAAUGUUAGGUAGCAAAAACGAGUACUUAAAAUUUAUAUUUUUAUUUUUGUUUAUUUUUUUAGUGAAAUGAAAUAAAUUUGAAACAAAUGGUC